AUCGCCAACAAAAACUAAGUGGACUAUACUUACAUAAAGAUGUUGAUUACCGAACGGUGUUAAUUGAAAUUGAAGAUAAAUAUAGCGAAGAAGAAUUGCCCGAAAAAGAGCAUUUAGCCGAAGAAGUUGUUUUACAAUAUUGCCAUUUAGUAAUCAAAGCUCUAAUUACUGAUUUAAGUGAUUAUGCGAAACCAAUUAAGAAAAAAACCCUCAAAAAAACCACUAAUUUAAUCGCGGUUAAAUCUAAAACCAAAAACCCUACUUCUCUAACUUCUACUAAACAAAAAGAACUGAAGAAAUUAGUCUCCGCUUAUCAACAAGUGGGAAUUAGUUUAACUAA